CCGGCGUUGGGGGGUACAAAGAAAACUACAGGAUGCCAAAUUCCUUGAGUCUGGUAACAUUCUAGGCGCUUUAUGCGUAGCAAGACAUCGUCUCUGCCCGAAGACACUGGAAGUUCAUUUUCUAGGUUGCAUCAGGUGGGGGCAGACAAGGUCCUCUCCUAGAAGUCUGCGGACGCAGAAGGCACCUCGUGCAGGAAGAAAGGCUCCCCUCACGUCCUCUAGGUUAGGUCGGCCCCGCAGGCGAAGACUGACACGCCCUCUCCAAAGGGCAGACCCGCCUCGACUGGGGCAGGGCCGGGCGCCGAGCCCUCACCCGACCCCCGCGAGUGUAGCGCAGCGCCAGCUCCUCACGUGUCCCGCCCGGCCUGGGGCCUUCUCAAGUUCUGCUUCCGCUCGACCCUUCCGACUUCCGGUAAAGAGUCCCUAGCCCACACCUUCCUGCCCACCCGGUCCCAACACCUGGCGUCUCAGCGAGCCCGGCCCACAAUGCGCUCCACGGCCGCAUCUCCUCUGGGCCUCGCGGCGGCUACCGAGCCUCGCCGCCUCGCCGCAGCCAGGCGGCCCAGGUGGCGCGCGCUCCCGCGGGCGGCGCGGCACGGCGGGCGGGGCGGCGGCGCAAACCCGAACGCGUAUCCCUCCGCCGCCCCUCCCCCGCGCGGCCCCGGCCCCCCUACCUACGCGCAGCGCUCGCCUCCCUCCGCUUCAGACUGUUUUGGUAGCAACGGCAACCGCGGCGGCGCGUCCCGGCCCGGCUCCCGGCGGCUCUUCGGUCUCGGCGGGCUUCCCCGCCCCUUCGUCGUCCUCCUUUUCCCCUUCGCAAGUCCUGCCGCCCUCUCGGCCGCGCCACCCCGCGCCUCCUCGCUCGGCGCCCGCGCGUCCCCGCUGCGCUCCGGCGUCUCCUCGGCGCGCCCGGCUCCAGGCUGUCCCCGCCCGGCGUGCGAGCCGGUGUAUGGGCCCCUCACC